AUGUCUACAUCCGCCAUGGAGUGCUUCAAGAACAAGUUCGUGAAGGGCCAAAUCUUGGAUGGUCGCUUCCGAACUGUCGCCCCGCUCAACAACGGUUCCUUCGGGUUGGUUUUCCUCGCCAAGGAUUUACAGACUAACCAGGAUGUUGCCAUCAAGUGUCUGACCAAGAACGCCUCCUCUGAUUCUUCUGAUCCCUUCCCCAUGGAUGAUCGGUUCGAAGAAUUGGAGUGCCACCUGCGUUUUGGUCGCCACGCUAACCUGGUCAACCUGGUCCAUUCCUUUGAAACUGAUGCUCACAUGUAUCUGGUUUUGGAGUACUGUUCCAACGGCGACUUAUACGAAGCCAUUCGUCUGAACCGUGGUCCAUUGGAGACCGAGCACGUUCGUGACUUCAUGUUGCAAUUUAUUGACGCGGUCGCUUUCAUGCACAGCAAAGGCCUCUACCACCGUGACAUCAAGCCUGAAAACAUUUUCCUUAUGUCCGACAGCUCGAUGAAACUAGGUGACUUUGGUCUUGCAACCCGAGACUCCUGGUCCUACGAGGCUUGCGUUGGCAGCGACCGAUACAUGGCGCCUGAACAGUAUGAGCCACCCAGCUCGGGUUACUCUCCUGCUCAGGCCGAUAUUUGGUCCAUUGGAAUUUGCCUGCUGAACAUUUUGUUCUCGCGCAACCCUUUCAUUACACCCACCGUGUCCGACGUACUUUUCUUGGAUUACGUUCGUGAUCGUCAGUCCUUGUUUGACAUCUUCCCCAACAUGUCCCAGGAUACCUACGACAUCCUUACUCAUUCUUUGGCUAUGGACCCGGAGAAGCGCUCCCUCUCAGAGCUACGAGCGGGUAUUGCUCGUGCUGUGUCUUUCACCACCGACGAUGAGUCUCUGGAUGAGUUCUGCACCGAGGACCGUGACGAGGUUGUCACAGCCAGUGCCAACCGCGAGCCUCUGCGCACUCCUUCCAUCCAGAGCCCUCAUGUCAACCAUGGUGAUUCUUUCCCCUGGGCCAAGCUUUUGCACUCAAGUCCCCAGCAAGCUACCCGACAGCUCUCUGCCAUUCCUGAUAAUGAGAGCUACUCCGAGGAUCUUUUCUCUGCCUCUGAGGUGGCUGGCACUUCGUGGUUCUCUACCCACGAUACCCCAUCGAUGGCUUCGGUUAUUGAUUCUGCCAUGAGCGAAUCUUUCGGUUCGCUCCAUAUCCCCCAGCAGAAACGUUCCCUUGCUCGCUCCGAUCCCGUCCCUAUCACUGGAUCUCUCCCCAGCCAUGCCAACAAGCCCUUGCCGUCUAUGGCCAUGGUCUUCGGAAAGAACAACGCUAAAGAUCAGAUCUCCAAGAGCUGGAGUGAUCUUUGGGACGAGGAGGAGUCGGAGAACGAAGAUCAUGACUUCCAGCAGCGCCGUGAGCAGAACUCUCGCAGCUGGAGCCAUGAGAGCCAGGAUCACGGCUUGCCGGAACCCCUGGCUGGACCUCGCGAGCUGGACUCCGUUGCAUCUAUUGACCGACCCCACACUCCCCUCAUCUCAUCAACUGCCCCCCACGCCACUCAGAUCAACUCCAUUGAGGUUGACAGUGCCGCUGGAAGUUCCAGCAGUACACCUCGCCCUAUCCCCCGCCAGAUGACCCCCAAGAAGUCCAAUCUCGACAAGUGGUCAGAACUGGGUAACAAGCGCCGCAACUGCAAGACCCGGGAGCCUUUCGACCCCCAGCGUCCCACCAGUACUUGGCGACGUGAUUGGGGCCUUGGGUCUUCCGGAUUUGACCAUGGCGUUCGACCCAAGCGCGAAUCACCUCAGUCCGAUCGCCGUCGCCAGUUUUUCCUCGCGAAGGAUUGGCGUCGUGACACUGCCAAUGCAUCUCCACACAAGCAUUCGACCUACGAUGGCAGCCUUGAUGAAGAUCUCGAUCUGGUAGGCGGGUGGCACGACCUACACCUGUAG